AUGCAUUCAGAAACACCACCAUCAACGAAAAGCUGGUUGAAAGCCAAACUUCAAACUAUUAAACGGGUGAUUGGAUUUCAUUUUUCUGAUGAAGUUCUAAUAUCUAUUUUAAUAUUUCAAAUUAUUUUUGGCUUAACCUGUGCCACAAUUAAUUGUGAAGAGCCACAAACAAUUGCAGAAUUCACAUCAAGUCUUUUUAUUAACAAAGCAAGAGAUGAAAAUUUGUAUUUAUUAUCUAAUGAUUCACCUGAAGAAAUUACAAUAAAAACACAAAAAUCUUCUAGAUCGUUGAGAACUGUCGACUCAAAUAAAUCCAAUGAUAAGAAAUUAACGGUAACAUCAACAGCGCAUGAUUUGGCCCGAACUAAACGACGUUCCAAUAUGUCAUACAAUUCAUCAAAUCCAAAAGAUUUGUUGAACACUGAAUCAAAUACUCUUGAAUAUGGUCAAGCAGGAUCUAGCAGUAUAAUUGGUGGCGGUGAUGAAUCAAUGGGAUCAAAUACAUUGUAUCCAGAUUCAGGAGAUAACAACUCACAAAAGCACAGAGAGCGUUCACGUCUUUAUGAUAGUCCUAAAGAAUCAAAUGUUUCUUUUAAUAGAUCAUCAAGUCUAACGACAUCACGUAGAAAAAACACUGCCAUUUCAUCAACCUCGAUACAGCAACAACCUAAUGACAACAGUAAUACUUCCGAGAAAAUGUCAUCAACAUUGUUAUUAUCAAUUCGUCCAAAACUAAGUGUUAGCACCGGACAAUCGCGCAAAAAUACACAAUCAAUCAAUCAUCAACCGCACAUAAGUCCUUCACCAACACAGACACCUAACACACCGAGUGAUUAUACAUUCUCCAAGAAAAAACACGAAAGUUUGAGUACAUCAGGUAUUUUUGAUCCUCCAUCUCCUUACUUUUCAAACUCUCGUAAACUAGCACAUGCGGUGAUUAUUGAAAGUUUAACUGAGGCAAAUGAAACGAUACAUGCUUUGUUAAUGGAGAUUCUUGUUAAAAAACAAGUUGUUGAUAGGACUUCAGUUUACGGUUUACCCAAACCCUUUAUAAUUGUUGCUUUGCUACCAAUCACAGAUAGUAAUAGUUAUGAUAUACCUAGACAAUUGCUUGAUAGGUUUUUUAUUAAUUAUACAUAUGAAAGUGUUAUUGGAAUACCAUCAGGCGGAGGAAGAUCUCCAAUGAAUGUUAAUCGUCGUAAUGCACUUAUUAGAAAUUCUGUAAAUAAUGUGAUUAUUCAUAAUGAUAUGGAAAGAUAUAUUAGGGAUGUUGUUGUUGGAAUACGUACACACCGUUUAGUUAAAGGUGGUGUUACAGCUCGCUCAUAUUUGGAUUUUAUGACUCUUAUCAAAGCUUUGGCGGCUAUUCUUCAACAUCAUUAUGUAACCCCAAAGUUGGUUUUGUUUGCCAGUGAAAAGGUUUUUUGUCAUAGGUUGAUCUUAAGAGACAUUAAAGAUGAUAAGAGUAUCAUGUAUGGUACAAGUAUAACAACUUUGAUGAGAAGAAGAAAACUAUUGCCAAAAGUCUUGACAUCUGGUGAUAUUGUAGCAGAUGUUUUACAAUGUGUAUGGCCACCUGUGUGA